AUGCUAGCUCGCCAUCCGCAACAACGCAGCAAUACCUUCAACAACACCUUCGUCAAUCAACAGCUUCCAUCGCCUGCACCUUCACACUCCAGCUUCUCAGACCAUCUACCCACCACCGCGUCGCCCGACUUCAACCUGCAGAACUACCUCAACACUUUGCCUUACAACUUCGACCAGGAUUCCACCAUUGAACCCUCCAGCGAGACAUCGUUCAUGAACAACUUCGACUAUACCAAUAGCCCCGCCAUCCGGGUCCAGCAGUCGACUCCGGUGCCUCAAUUGCCAGGGGCAUACAGCCAGUCUGGGAAUCUGUACGAGUGGGACAUGUUUAGCAGGCAACAAGGGAACAACAACAACAACAACAACAAUCAUCUGCAGACACCACAGAAACGCGUCCCAGCGUCGCAUCGCCGGGCACCCUCGACAUCGUCGGCCGGAUCAGACUUCAGCUCAGCCUCCAACAACACGUCGGCGAAUGCAUCCGCCACUGUCCGUUACCCCGCUGACGAAUCAACCGCACUCUACUCGAAGCAAACUUCUCUACCUACUCCCACCCAGACACCCACUUCAGAGUCUUUUCUCUCUUCCUCAUAUCAGACCUUCAACUCCCAACCUAACCUUUACACCACAACUGGGAACGCCCACGACGCGAUGAGGAACAUUCUUCAGGAUACCACCAAGUAUGACGACGAUUACUCGGUGUCAAGUUAUGGUCGCAACUCGCCUGCAACGCCACACAACGACGACUUCGAGGAGGUAUCAAGGAUAUCCAAUGGUGAGAAUCCAGUCCAUGAUGACGUCGAUGAUUGGCUUCAGUACUUACAAUUUCCCCCAGAUGUCGCGUCCAACUUCAAGUUUGAAAGUCAAGACAUGUGGAAUAGGCCGAUGAUGGGCAAGUCCCUUGCACGCCCAACACCAAAGCAUCUCUCUCCUCAGCAGUUUCAGUCGAUUGCACGAUCACAGUCACCACAAAUCCAGAAGCCUGCAUCACCUUUCAAGCCGACAUCUACUUACAUGGGCUCGUCUCAUCGCUUGAACGCUUCGCAAUUACGCGAUCAACAGCAACAGUCUGUGGCAGCCGAGGCAAGCUCUGCGAUGCGGAACUACCAGCAGGCGCAGCAACAACCGAAGACGAUAUCUCCGAAGGAAGUGUCUCUCGAUUACGAUAACUCGGAGGAUACCAAGAAUAUGUCCCUGUUUCCCGAGAACGAUUCAGAGUCAUUCGGUCAGCAAUUUAACAGUGGCAACCAAUUUGGUCUCCAACCGUUCGGCAACACAGAACAGGCCUCUUGGAACAUUCCGCGGUCAGGCGAGGCUGACUUCACCACGCCCUCGUCAGCUGCCAACUAUAACUUUAUGGCACCAGUCGUUCCUCAAGGCCUCCCGCAGGUCCAAUUUACCCAACAGCAAUACCGAAGCAUCAGUAACAUGCCACCUGCGCCUGAACCAACCCCAGACUUCCCAGCGCACUUGACUUCCAUGGAGUCAAGCGCCAGCGAGGCUGGUCUGGACAACAGUUUCGAAGACGUCCGUCGACCAGAAAACGUCAACGCAGAUCGGGGCACGUAUUCAUGCACAUAUCAGAAUUGCAGCCAGCGUUUUGAAACCCCACGAGAGCUGCAGAAACAUAAACGUGAAGGACAUCGCCAAAACGUUACACACGGCAGUCCAGGAGUUGGCAGCCAUCUAUCGUCUGCAGAGCUCAUGGAACGGAAUUCACAGGCUGGUCCGCACAUCUGCAAGCGCACAAACCCAUCAACUGGCAAGCCAUGCAACACGGAGUUUUCCAGGCCGUACGACUUGACGAGACACGAGGACACUAUUCACAACAUCCGCAAGCAAAAGGUCAGGUGCGCGCUCUGCAUCGAGGAAAAAACGUUUUCCAGGAAUGACGCGCUCACAAGACAUAUGCGCGUCGUGCAUCCGGAAGUGGACUUUCCCGGCAAGCACCGUCGCCGAGGUGGUGCGCAUGACUGA